ACGCAAAAAAAAAAUAAAAAAAUCUGAAACCCAAACGCGCCACUAAACACUCGCGUUUCCACGUGUACAACUCCAUGACCACCUUUUUUAUUAUAAUAUUAAAUAUUCCUCACCAAAUAAAACUAAAAUAUGUUAAUUGUUACGAAAAAGAUCUCUAAUAUUUUCUCUUUUUUUUCUCUCUUUGUUUGGUGUUUAGGUCUCUCCUCCUGUCUCUGCUCCGUUGAAUUGAAAGCUUCCAAUUCCAUCUUAAAUCCAUAUGGGUCCGAUCGUUUUGACUCAGGUGGCAACCGGCUUGGGUGUCUUGGCCGGAGCCGUGUUAGUCAAAUCGGUCAUGGACCAGAAGCCCAUGGCCGGCCCGUUUCAGAGAUGCCCAACUUGCAACGGCACGGGUCGCGUCACAUGCACUUGUUCGCGUUGGUCCGAUGGAGAUGUCGGCUGUCGGACUUGCGCGGGGUCGGGUCGCAUGGCGUGCAGCAGUUGUGGUGGGUCUGGUACUGGCCGCCCCAUUCCGGUCCAGAUUUCUGUACGUCAACCGACGAAUAGGAGCCCCUAAUUAACCUGGUUUUGGCUCUCCAUGAAUGAUGACAGCCCCAAAACUCUUUCUUACUAUAAUUUUAUAUUUUUUUUCUUUCGAAAUUUAAUUAUGUAAUAUAAUAGUUUUAAGAGAGAGAUGGAGAGUUGAGAAAGUUGUAAUCUUGUAUUGUUAUGACUGUAUUCAGAUUCUUAUAAAAAUUUGAAGUAAGUUUAUAGCUUACUUGUAACUUGUCCUGUCAGGUAAGCACCGGGUUUUUUUUUUUUGGUAAUUUCUUUGCUUAAUCCAUUUAAAAAAGGGAUUUCUCAAAAUUUUGGACUAUGGUGUCUUCUCUUUUUUGUUGAUUUUACUAAGUUUAUCGUUGGUAGUUUAUGUUUUUCAGUUUUUUGUAAAGAAUUUAGAGAAUUGUUGUAAAGAUUUACAUCCUAGGACAAGAAUUCCAUGAAUAUAUAAAAUAGGUUCUCCUAAAAACAUUUAAAAAAUAUUUGCUAUUGUUUUUUUUUUUUAAUUAUUUUGUGAAUUUUGAUGAUGUAAUAAGUAAGAAGACUGAACUUGUCGAAUUUGUUCAUGCAAUAAUUGAAGUGAAGAAGGAAAUAGUUGCAAUCUAAAAGCUACUGUUACCCGAGAAUUGGGACCAAA